CCACCCAGCUUCCAAGCUGGUCUCCAUGGCAGUGGGAGGUGCCAAGAGGUCUGAGCGGCCAGUAUCCGGGUAACGGGGUUUGUGGAGGGUCCGGGCAUUCCCGGUGCAGGGCUCUAGUGGGGGCUGGAGCCUCGGGCCCAGAGCUGUCCAGAGACCAGUGCCCCCGCCCCCCGCCGCCGCCCACAAGGAGAGACAGAGCUCCCAGGCGGGGAGUGGGGAGGUUCCUGGAGGUGGGGGCAUCCUCAGCCUUGCAGGCCCCCUUCCCAGACGCACUCCCCGCCUCCCCGUCUUCUGUCCCCGGUUCUUGUUGAGGUAUGAUUGGCAUACAGUUCAGAGCCACCCUGCGCAGUGUUCUCCACAAUCAGGAUACAGAACAUGUCCCUCGUCCCCCCUAAACUCCCAGCCAGGCUGUCACGAAGAGGGAGGCGGCCGACGGGGCAGGGCCUUGCACUCCCUGCGUGUGGGAUCCACCGGGGUCGUCACUGUGUUGGUGGGUCCUUCCUCUCAUGCCAGGAGGGUCCCCCUGCCUGGAGGUGCCCCCGUCUGUGGAUCCGCUCACUGCCUGCUCUUUGGGUCGUUUCCCGUGUGGGGUGAUGAUGAGGAAGGCCAGCAGGUCUCUGGGUGAACAGGCAUUUGUUUCCCUUUCUUGAGGGCAAAUGCUGGGAGGGGGUGCCGGGCUGUCGGGGAGAGUGCGUUUCCGUUUCUAAGAAGCUGCUGGUGUUCUCCAGUGUGCAUCUGCUUGUGGCCGGGCCUCUGGACUCAGGAGACCUCCCUCUCAGCGGCCCUCCCCACCGGUUGGUCAGGCCGUCUGUGCCCUUCUGGGGCAGAGCUCAGCUCAGGAGGCAGGAGGAGGCCCAGAUCCCAGCGCAGCCCGCCAGCAUCGCUCUGCUUCGCUCGGCGUUUACAGCUGGAAAAAGGGCAAGGGGCACCGGCCGCAGCCCCACCACAGGCAGGUUAGCGGGAGGACGCGCUUCAGCGACGGCAGCAGGCGCUCAGAGGCGGCCCCAGGGCAGCGUUCCCAACUCACACCAGCGCUUUCUCCCCAGGAUGCCGCUGUGUCUGGGGACCCGAGUCCUGCAGGGUCGGGAGCGGCUGUGGCCAGAUUCCGGCCUGCACCCUCGGCUCCAGUCACCACCCGUUUGUCCAGGGGUUUUUGUCUUUCGAGCCGUUGGGGAGGGGUCUUUUGUCUGCAGUGUCACGGAAGUGCCAUAGAGGGCUCACAGCGGGAGCUUUGUAACAGUGGUGCGGAGGGCUGCUCCAGGUCAGGGAGGCGCUUGAGGGAGCCUUCCAGGGCGAUGGAGAUGUUCUAAAAUUUGGUCUGGGUACAGGCUGCAGGGAUGUGUGUGUGUGUGUGUGUGUGUGUGUGACCCUCGAGCCACACGUGUGAGGUCUGUGCACGUGACCGUACGCAUGAGACCUCGGUGGAAAGCAGCCACCUGCUCUGACUGCACCUGUGGGUUUCCCGCUCCUGCUCUCAGGCGGCCCGUGGCGCCAGCUGGCUGACGUUGGGGAGACGGCACCGCCCUCCCCCGCUGUCGGGGGGCUGAUGAUUUGCAUGCCCUGUCGGGGUCCAGCGGCCUCCCUCGUGGGGAGGUCCCGAAGCACCUGGAGCACCGCCCGCCCGCAGAACAGUGGACUCCCGCCUGCCUCCCUGCUCCGGCCAUGGCCUGCCCGCCUCUGGCCCUCCUUCUGCUGGGGGCCCUCCUGGCAGCCUCUCUGCCAGCCCUGGCCAAGCCAGAAGCACUGCUGGUCUUCCCAGGCCAAGUGGCCCAACUGUCCUGCACCAUCAGCCCCCAUUACGCCAUCGUCGGGGACCUCGGCGUGUCCUGGUAUCAGCAGCGAGCAGGCAGCGCCCCCCGCCUGCUCCUCUACUACCGCUCAGAGGAGGACCAACACCGGGCCCCCGGCACCCCGGACCGCUUCUCCGCAGCUGCGGAUGCAGCGCACAACACCUGCGUCCUGACCAUCAGCCCCGUGCAGCCCGAAGAUGACGCCGAUUAUUACUGCUUUGUGGGCGAGUUAUUCUAGGGGUGUGGGAUGAGUGUCUUCCGUCUGCCUCCCACUUCUACUCCUGACCUUGGGACCCUCUCUCUGAGCCUUGGUUUUCCUCCUCUGUGAAAUGGGUUAAUAAUACUCACCAUGUCAACAAUAA